ACCAAAUCGGUUAUACUAAAAGCAUAUACUCUCUCUUUCUAUCUCUCUCGUAAUCUCUCUCUCUCUCUCUCUCUCGUCUCUCGCAUAGUUUGUAUCGCUCUCUUCGAAUUCAAUCGAGAUGGAUCUGUGUGCAAUUCACGUCAAGAGCACCACUCACACUCCCUUUCUUCUCCACUCUUCUUAUCACGAUUUCAGCAAUUACCACUCUGUUUCAUUUCAUUCCACUAAACUCAGAAAUUCGUCUCAAUUCAACGCCGACGUUUUCUUCGACGCUGCUUCUAAACGCCGCGCCAAUCGGCUUCUUGUCACGGCUUUGGGGAAGGAUAAUAGUCACGAUUCUAAUUCUAACUCUUCAGACAAUGAUGAUCAUAAGACUCCAAAGGAAGAUCAAUCAAAAGGAAAAGAUCCGCCAUCUAAAAGAAACAAGCCCAAUGAACUUGGUUCCCAGCAACACCAUCGUACAAUAAUGGACUGGAGAGAGUUUAGAGCGUCUCUUUUUGCUCACGAGCAGGCAAAUAUCGGAAGCUCUGAUACUCGUAAACAAGAAGUUGCAGGUCUCCAUUCUAAACCUAUUGGCUCCAAAUGGGCCCAUCCUAUUUCAUCACCUGAGGCAGGCUGUGUUCUUGUUGCAACAGAAAAGCUUGAUGGAGUUCGCACCUUUGAGCGAACUGUUGUCCUUCUUCUAAAAUCUGGAACCAGGCAUCCACAAGAGGGACCAUUCGGAGUUGUUAUAAACCGUCCACUUCAUAAAAAGAUGAAACAUAUGAAACCCACUAAUCUUGAUCUUGCAACCACAUUUUCUGACUGCCCUUUGCAUUUUGGUGGCCCCCUGGAGGCAAGCAUGUUUCUGCUCAGAACAGGGCAUAAAGCACGUCAUCCUGGCGUUGAGGAGGUGAUUCCUGGCCUGUCUUUUGGUGCUCGCAACAGCUUGGAUGAAGCUGCUGAGCUGGUGAAGAAAGGCUUGAUCAGACCAAAUGACUUCAGAUUCUUUGUUGGUUAUGCUGGAUGGCAGCUUGAUCAGUUGAAAGAGGAGAUUGACUCAGAUUUUUGGCAUGUUGCUGCAUGUAGUGCGAAUUUGAUUUUUGGAGCUACAGCUAAUUCUUCUACAGAAGGGUUAUGGGAAGAGAUUUUGCAGCGAAUGGGGGGUCAUUACUCAGAACUAAGCCGCAAGCCUAAGCAAGAUUUGUAGUUAUUUAUUACGAAUUGUAUGUGCACAUAAUAAAAUUAAUAAACGGCCCUAGUAGAGAGUAUUUGGGUUAGAAAUAUUUUUAAAGUUUAUGCUUUUCUGAAAAGUCAAAUGUACAUAGUAUUAACAGAGAUUAUUAACCAGUGGAGGUAUUGUUUUUCUUUCA